AUGGAUACGCCUUUUCCAACGUGGCUUCGUUUCGCUUAUCGAGGUGGCGGCGAGCGCUAUAAACCGUACGACAUGAACAUGCCACAGAUCCUUCCAAGCCGCCCUCGAGAGCAUUAUCGAUGCGAUCCUCCAUUGAGUGUUCAUGGAAAAGUUUGUGCCGGAUUGAUUGGACUCGGAAUGCACAACUUGGAAAAAAUGCCUUAUGUGAUCUACUCAUCACCAGAAUUGCGUUGCGUUGAGACGGCGAGUGGAAUGAUCGAUCGUUUGAAUGCUCCACAUGUCUCAAUUCGAAUCGAGCCGGCUCUCGCCGAAUGGCCGAUGCUUUCAUCACAAGAUCUGCCCAAGUAUUGGCUCACUCCUAAUCAGCACAUGGAGCUAGGUCAUCCAAUCGAUCUCUCGUAUCGUCCCUUCUUGUCGGUCAAGGAUUUUCCUCGUGAAGAAACUCCGGAACAAUAUAUGCAACGACUCGCUGCUUUUUACAUGUUUGCACGACAGUCGACUAAUGAUGAGAUGUUGGUUAUUGUGACGAAUCCACCGGCUCUUCUCUUUGUCAAGGGUUACGAAGUGUCGACGGUCCGUGCGAUUCUCUCGGUUCACGAAGAAACUCGUCCUCUUUCCAUGCAUGCGCUUCACAUUGAGAAUAAUCGACAAGUGUACAAAGAUCCGCUACUCAUUCCACUGACACCGACGGUUACUCAAGCUCGCGAUGAGCGAAUCACAAAA